AAAAUUACAUUUGCCAAAAUGUAAAUGUUAGUGUUCGCUGUUGCCAAGACGAUGACGAAAAAAAAAAAAAAAAGCUGGGAAAAUGUUUGAUUCAAUCCCGUUUUGUCUCCUUAUUCGGACAUGGAACAGAUCAAAGGGUUGUGGUGUUUACACGAGAGAGUUCGAAUCAUUCCCGUUUGACAUCGUUUGCUUUUUAUGGAUGAUGCAUGGCGACGAAAGGUCUCAAGAGGUGUUCUUUAACAUAUAACAUCAUCCGUAUUGUUCUCCUAGCUACGCUGUGCAUCGAUGGCGGAUUACCAUUAAUUGCUGUACCGUUGGAAUUAGAAAGGAACGUGAUCUAGAUUCGGCCCUAUCAUUUCUCGAGAAUCGCCCUGUGAGCUGCCGAAGGUUAUUACUUUCUCGGAAUGGAAUGAAAAACCCUAUUGCGUUAAGACUCCAGUUGCCAGAAAAAAAACAAAACUUUCGUUUUCUCUAUACCUGCGAGCAACGAAAUUUCUUCUUUAAUCCCCUUUCCCAAAUGUGAUGUGAACACCAAAGUCAAUCGGUCACGUUGUUUCAAAUGGAAUUCCUGCGAAAUUCGAACUGUUUUGACAACUCGGCACCAAACAACGGGAAAGCUCGGUUUCUUUAAAGAAAAAGGAAAACAACAACGAAUGGCUUGGUGAAUCGCCGGAACGUCAUUUCGGCAGGAAAUGGAAAUUUCUUUUCACACCGGCGCUCUGUAAUAGUAGGAAAAAAAAAAAAGAAUUAACAUUUCAGAAAACAAUACCAUGGAGAUGAAAAAUCUAUUUAAGCAAAAUACCUAGAAAAAAGAGUAUCCAGUACUUCAAAAAUUCGACAUGGUUGAUGAUGAAUUUUUCGAGGAGAUUUCCUUCCGACGUUCUAUGUUUCCAUAACAAAAGUUCAAACAGACGCAUCCAGUCGAACAGUGAACAUCGUCAUGACUUCUGGCAACAAAGUUAGGAGAUUAGUUAGGUCAUCGGUGCAAAUUUCAUUUCUAUUGGCAUUUGUUUUCAUCCUGUUUAUCGCAAGGAAUAGCGACCCACCUACAGACAGAGAUUGGACCAAAUUGAGUGCUGUCCAAGCUCUAACGAAACAAGAAAUCAUUCAUUACUUACAGUGGAGCAAUGCCUCAUCGUGUCGUCUAUCCAAUGACUUCGGAGGCGCUAUGGCUCUCUUCGGCAUCGACGGACAGAAAGCCGUUUGCCUUGAUACAGAGGUGCGUCCAAUCAAGGGCAAGUGUUUGGUCUAUUCGUUCGGCGUCAACAACGAAUGGUCCUUCGAAGAUACCAUGGACAAUUAUGGAUGCGAAGUAUACGCUUUCGAUCCUUCUAUGGAACAGUCGGAUCAUGACCGUGGUGACAGGAUUCAUUUCUACCGUUACGGAUUGGGGAGCGAGAAGGUCUUGAGAACGAUCAAAGGCCAACGAGGUUGGCGUCUGGUGCCACUCUCCGAUUUGUACAAGGUGAUGGAGAAACGCCACGGUGCCAACAAGAUCAUCGACUACCUGAAAAUCGACAUUGAAAGUGGCGAAUGGGCUGCCCUACCGCAAAUUCUUCAAUCGGGAAUGAUGGACAAAGUGCGCCAGUUGGGUGUCGAGAUCCAUUUGCCGGCCGGAGGAGAUGUGGCUGAAUUUUACAGGUUAAUAGGCAUCGUCAGAUCGCUGGAGAAUUACGGCAUGGUCCGCUUCAAUUCCAAGUUGAAUCCAUUUUCGGAACGGUGGAUGGAAACACUUCAGUCGGAGAGUUACGCGGCCUACGAGCUGGCCUGGUACAACAACCGACUCCGGCGAAAUCGUAGCUCCUAUUACGGUUAAUUAACCAUACAGAUGAAGAUUUUAAUGCUGUUUGUACCGUGAAUAAAUCACAAAGACUUUGAAGGCAAAAAAAAAAAAAAAAAAAGGAAUGUUCUUAAUAAAGAAAUGCUACAUUUCAAGGUUUCAGACUAACAUUCUGAAAAUGCAUUGGUGGGGAAUUCUGUUUCGGCCAUGUGUGGAAAUACAUUCACC